ACGAACGUCGAGGUCGUAGAUUCAACCACUUUCCUCUUUGUAACGUUUACCUCUUCUCACCACCUCAGUCCGUUUCUUUAUUUCGGAAGGAACGCGGCACCAGCAAUCAUGCCACGAGCACAUAUUGCUGUAGGCGUUUCCUGUUAUCGCUCCACCACUGCCCUCGUCGUCGUUCGCUCAGUCUCACUCUCCUGCUGUGGUGCAGCGCCAGCCAGUAACGCGCCACGUCAAUCCCAAAUAAGAAGCGCGCGAGCACACAUGCAGCGAGAUAAGCAUUUGUCGAUCUGCUCCCCUGAAACCUCGUUCGAGUAUGGCUGCUGCAAUCGACUCCGCCACGGCGGAGCAUUCCCCACAAGUUUCCGCCUCCGCCGAUCCCACUUCCCGCCAGCGCUCCCCUUCGCCUUGCGCCGCGACCUGGUCGCUCCCCUUCCGCCACUCGAGCCCCGCUUCCCCCUCCGCCGUGCUCCUGGUGCUUCCCGACGGCUCGGCGCGCUUGUACACUGAGGAGCUGACCGUCGCACAGCUCGCCUGCGACUUCCCCGAUCUCAUCGUCAGCUGCACGGCGAUCGUCGAUGGCGACAUGUGCGAAGGGAGAGCGUGCGACGGCUGCGACUCGAGAGCCCAAGAUAACGAGUUGAAGCCUCAAUUCGCGAUCCUCCCUCCUCAGACGGUCUUGCGAUUGGGCGGGACAUAUUAUCUCUCGAACCGCGAUAGUCUCUCCUUCGGUGCUGCUGCUUCUGAAACGGUCAGCGACUGGAGAAGCAGCAGCAGGCGGAGCAGUAGUAGCUACAAAAGUAGCUGCAAUAUCGAGGAUAUUCGAAGCCGCGAAAUUUACUGUACCAGCGGUGCAAGUAUCAGCAGUAGCGUGGAGGGCAGUAGCGUCGCCGGGGGCAGUAGCGUCGCCGGGGGCAGUUGGCGAACUUUUUCUAGCAGCGACGAAAUUAUGUGUAACGUAUCGGAUGUGGGUUCCAGUUACAGUGGUAACCUGUCCGCGGUGGUUUCGGCUGCAAACGAAAGCAAACGGUUUUCGUCCGAUGAAGUUGUCAGAUCUUCUCAUAUUCGGUCGCUCUCGCUCGUGUUCGCCAACCCGCAGAUUUCUUCGCCAAGGCAAGACUUGCCCUGCAGUGGUAACCAGCAAGUUCGGAGACCGCUGACUCCCACCAUAUCGCGCUCAAACGAUCCUUCGGCCGCUCCCUCUCACGUACAACCUGCUCAGCGACCGCCGGCGACAAGCUCCUCCGUCGCGCACCGUCGCCAAUUCCUUCGCACGACCACCCCCAUGCGCGACCGGCCCGUCGCGCCUCGUCACGCGCGCACUCGCACGGAAAUCUUCGGCGAUGCUCCGAUAUUGGCUGACUCGCUUGUGGGAGACGCACCCAUCGCUGGUUGGCGCGUUACAACGAGCGCUGAAUGGGCCUCCCUAGAGCACACGCUACGUCAAAACAAGCUCCAGCUUCAGCGUUCGCAGCUACAACAAUCGCAGCUACAGCCGUCGAAGCAGCACCAGCGCGCGGCGCAUCGUCGCAGAAACCUUUCCGCCACCGCCGCUGUUUCCCCCGCUGGCUGGCUGAGGGCCGAUCCCUCCCCCUAUGCUUCCGCCUCCGCCUCCGCCUCAGCCUCCGCCCUCCCCCGUGACCACAUGCGCAGCCUCAGUCUCGCAAGGGCGCGCCUGGCGGAGUACGCGGCAGGGGGAGGCGCAGCAGGAGGAGGUGUAGGGGUCAGCGCGGUUGACCAGCCUGUGGGAGCGUGCCACGUGGCAGUGCCAGCUGGCAGGGCUCUGAGGCGGUGCUACUCCCACACGGAGACAGGGACAGGGGGGGGGAGGGUGGUUUGGUGGGGCGGGGAAGCGGAGCAGGUGGAGAGGCAGAGGGAGGAGGAGGCGGAAGAGGGGGAAGCGUGUAACGGAAAAGGCACUACCGGGACUGAUAAUAUCCCCGAACUGAAACCUGAUCAUUUAGGUGGUGAUAGCGUGGUUAGCAGUGAUGACUGUAACGAGGGUGACACUAACGGUUCCCCAGACUCCCCUAGCAGCACCACCAGCGCUGACAGUGCCGACAGUGAGGGUGAAGCCAAGGAGGCGUUUUGGGACUCCCCCCGCUGCUUCUUCUCACCCCUCUCCCUCUCCCUCCCUCGCUCCCCCUUCUCCCCCUCCUUGCCCGCUCCCCUCCUCUCUCUCACCACCACGCCCACCACCAAAUCCGCCGAAUCACCCACUACAGUCACAUCCGUUACAGUAAAUUCAAAUAUAACCUCACCUGUUACAGUCUCGUCUCGGCCCGGCCAUGCCCGUCGCCGCACCAUGGAUUUGUGCAUGCCCUUGCCUUCCCUCUCUCCUGCUACAGUUUCGGCUACAGCCUCUGCCCGAAAAGGAUCGUUUUCAGCUGCCCAGUCACCAAAUACGACUCCUUCGGUCAGUGCUGGAAAUACAGGAGGUGCUGCUGCUCGCGUGUGCUCCCCAUCCCCUUUAAAGGCCAGCUUCGGUGAUGGUAUGAGGAGUGCUGGUACUCUUGCACAGGAAAGCGCGCAAGGUGGCAGCAGUAGCAGAAGCAGAGCGCUUUUAAAGAGUAUGAGCAGCAGAGAGCGGCAGCGCAGCAGAGAGAGUUUACCAGGCAGCAACUUGAGUGGGACUAGUUCCCCUUGCGUUGAGCCAAAGCCUGAGUGUAUAGCUGGAAGAAACCCUAGCCCAUUGCCCUGGGUGCAUGCAAGGGCUAAUUCCCUCUGGAAUUCGUUACCCCAGCCGUUCUCUGCACCACUGGAUGCUUCCUGGAAGGGUCAGGAGGUGACUGCCAGCAAUGGCAGCAGCACUAGCAGCAUCAGCAGCAGCUGUGGAAGCACCAGCAGCAGUAGCAGGGCCAGCAGUGGCAGCAGCAGCGGCAGCAGCAGCAGUCGCAGGUUUGGUCUGCUCAACUUUAAAGCCCUCUCCAUCUCCAUCCUUUCAAGCAGCAGCAGCAGCAACAGCUGCACCAACUCUCCUCACUCCCCGUUCUCUCCCUCUCCCUCCUCAGAGUACCCCAUGCCCACUGCAGGCUCCCUCUCCUCCUCCUCCUCCUUUGACUCCCCCCUCGUUGCUUCCUUCUCUCCAUCCUCCUCCUCCUCCUCCUCCUCCUCCCCUGGUUCUUCCACCUCCUCCCCGUCCUCCUGCUUCUCCCCCACACUUCUCUCCUCGCUCCACUCACCCUCCCUCCCACCCCCCUCCCACACCUCCAGUACACAGCUUCCCCACAAACAACCCGCCCCAGGCCUGCUCCCUUCAGGCCUGCAACCCCCCAGCCUGCUCUCCCCAAGCCAGCUCCUGCCUCCCCUGGAACACCCCUCCAGUGGUUGCGCCUCCCCUACAUCCCACCUGGGAGCAGCCAGGCCCAACUCCCCCCACUGCAGUUCACCCUCCCCGUUGCCGCCCUUGGCUGGUGGUGGUGGUUUCCCAGGGCACGUGGGGAGGGCGCCAGUGUCCCCGCACUCUCAUGGCAAGGGAGCGGGGAAGGUGGUCAGGGCGUCGCGAUUCCAGAAGCAAGAAGGGGAGGGAUGACGGGAUGGGAGGUGCUUGUCCACAUUUCCGGUGACAUGCUGACAAGGAUGAAUGCGCCUCAGAAGUCGCCUCGGUGGUCUGGGUGUUGUGGUUCCCGGGGCAUGAAAGGGCUGGUUGGCAGAAGCUUGUUCUUCAUAUCAUCCUGUACUGUACAUACACUGACAUAGUAAUUGCUUAUUUCAG